GUCCAGAAAUUUUAUGUAGCCAUCAUACAAAUUAACGGGAAUUUUAAAACACAAUAUAUCUGAACAAUGCAACAUUUAAUUACAAGUCUCUUAAAAUUUCCUCUUAUUGUAUUGCUGUUUUUUGGAUUUGAAAAGUCCAUAUAAUGAAAUUUCUAUAUAAAUUCAGAACUGGUUCAGCUCAGCCCUCUGUGCAUUUUUGCAUUUCUGAAAGUUCAGUCCUUGGGAAAAUGCUUUUCUCCCUCCUUUUCAUAGAUGUGUUGGUAUGGAGUAAUGACAGAGUCAUACGCUGGAUACAAGCAAUUGGAUUGCGAGAAUAUGCAAACAAUGUGUUAGAAAGUGGGGUGCAUGGAUCGCUCAUAGCCCUGGAUGAUAACUUUGAUUACAGCAGCUUAGCUUUGUUAUUGCAGAUUCCAACACAGAAUACACAGGCAAGUAAACUAAAUUUGCUAAUUGUAAUUAUUUCCCAUGGAUUUUAACUUUUUUAAAACAUUGCUUCAAUUGUUUGAUUUGGUUAACCAUAGGCACGGCAGAUCCUUGAGAGAGAAUACAACAAUCUGUUAGCACUAGGAACAGAUAGACGACUUGAUGAAGUAAGUAAUUUUAUUUAUACUUAAUAGGUAGCAGAGAAUACGAAAUGGUUGAUUUUGGUCCUCAUAUAUAUAGAUACCACUGCUCACUUGGCCCACUAACCCUUAUUAAGCUGGAGAUUCUCCUUCCCAACCCAUGCAACUACUAAGCUCACCUUUCCCCUUUUGGGGGCCACUUCACUCUUCUAUUCUGCAGUCCUGCUUUGCACCCCUUUUCACCUUCACCCGCAUGUCUCUUCCUCCU